CUCCAUUGGCAGAGACGCGACUGAGCUGAGACGUAUCGUUGGCAGAGACGCGACUGAGAAAUAAAAUUAAAACGUCGACGUUCCUUCCUCGCAGAAGAAACCAAUCAAAAUAAAAACAAACAGAGCGUGCGUUCGCGCCAAAUACUUAACAACAAUUAGCAAACGAAAGAAACAAAUGCAUACCCUCACGGCAGCCAUUGAGAUGGACAAGCUGGAUGCCAAUCUUGAGCAGCAGUUUGAUCUCAAUCUCAUCGAGGCUGUCAAGCUGAACCCAGUGAUAUACGACAGGUCGCACUACAAUUACAAGCACUUUGUGCGCAAGGCCCAGACCUGGAAACAAAUCGCCGAAACUCUCGGUGUGCCUGAACAAAAAUGUACCAAACGCUGGAAGAGCUUGCGCGACAAGUUUGCCCGCGAAAUGAAACUAUGCCAGGAAUCGCGCUGGCGUUACUUCAAGCAGAUGCAAUUCCUGGUGGACUCCAUUCGCCAGUACCGGGAGUCGCUGCUGGGCAAGUGCGCCAACGGCAGUCAAAAUGCCAACCAGGCUGAUCCGUCGCAGCAGCAACAGGCGCAGCAACAGACCGUCGUGGACAUAUUCGCUCAGCCGUUCAACGGCAGCGCCACAACCUCAGCUCAGGCACUGACCCAUCCUCAUGAAAUCACCGUCACCAGUGACGCUCAGCUGGCCACUGCCGUGGGCAAGGACCAAAAGCCAUACUUCUACGAACCGCCGCUCAAGCGGGAGCGCAGUGAGGAGGAGCACAGCGACAACAUGCUCAACACCAUCAAGAUUUUCCAGAACAACGUCUCCCAGGCGGUAAGCGCCGAGGACCAGAGUUUCGGCAUGGUUGUCACGGACAUGCUCAACACGCUGGGCGUGCGACAAAAGGCCGAAGCCAAGGUGCACAUCAUCAAGUAUCUGACGGAUAUGCAGCUGUUGGCCCAGCACAACAAGUACUAACUGUCGGGCGGCUGUCAUCGGCAGCUGCUGCAGCUGCUCCAACUGGAGAGCGUUCUGCCCUGAGAUCAAACGAGAACGGACCAGCGGUCACCCAUACCCACAUCCACACAGGCCGACGGUCUUGUGCGGUCAUUCAUAGUUCAUAGGUCUUAAAGUCAAACUACAGAAUAACAUUAGACGUAACUCCCCACAGCGUAUACCCACAACGCGUAAUUAUACUUCCCCAAGCCCAAAACGUAGACAAACAUAUAUAUUUAUAUGCUUAGUUGGCCCCAUGAUCGGUGAUUCAAUUCGCGCCCAGUUCUCAGCUCUGUACAAAAAAAAAAAAAAUGAAAAACGAUUGAAAAAUAGCGAUCCUAGAAUUAUGAGUAGUUUGUUAAACGACCGCGGAAACAAUUCAUGUGCAGCGUACUGUAAAUUUUUGACUACGAUUUAGUUAUAACUUGCCAUCGGGUCUUAGCUCUGUAAUUAAGUACACACGUAAAAGUUAUUUUAAUUUUAUAAGUUCUGUUGUAAUAUGCUGAAAACGCUUGAAAGAUACUUUGAAAGGCUUUUAUUAAGUAUGACAAAAGGAAAUAUUAAACACCUUUUUUCAUAGUGAGCGUAUAUUACACACUUUACACGGAUACAAUCGAAAUAGUUGCCGGCGACGCAAGUUGCUUACCAUUUUCAAUGAUUAAUUGUGCAAUUAUUUGGUAUUAAAAAAAAACAUUUGAAAAGUAAAA